AUGGAGGAUCAAAAUGGUGGUGGUAAGUUAAGCCAAGGGCUUCGGAAGUUGAAGCCUUAUCUUGCUAUAUUGUCCCUUCAGUUUGGCUACUCAGGGAUGUAUAUCAUCACUAUGGUUUCUUUCAAGCAUGGCAUGAGUCAUUGGAUACUCUCAGUGUACCGUCAUAUAGUUGCUGCUAUUAUAAUAGUGCCUUUUGCACUUGUCCUUGAAAGAAAAAUAAGACCAAAGAUGACUCUUACCAUCUUCUUGAGGAUAGUGGCACUUGGUUUCCUUGAGCCAGUGCUGGAUCAGAACUUGUACAACAUGGGGAUGAAGAUGACUUCAACAACGUUUGCAUCCGCCACAGUUAAUGUCCUCCCGGCCAUUACUUUUAUAAUGGCACUCAUUUUCAGACUGGAGAAGGUGAACUUGAGAAAAUUUCACAGCCUAGCGAAGGUCAUUGGAACGGUUAUAACAGUUUCAGGAGCAAUGGUUAUGACUCUGUACAAAGGCCCUGCCUUCCAAAUCAUAAAGGGUGGAGGAGCCAUCAGCCACCAUAGCAACUCUAGCAGUAGUUCCACUGAACCCUCUGAUCAACACUGGGUGGUUGGCACAGUCUAUCUUAUAUCAAGUUGUGCCAGUUGGGCUGGUUUCUUCAUUUUGCAAUCAUUCACUUUGAAGAAGUACCCAGCAGAGCUCUCACUCACAGCAUGGAUUUGCGUAAUGGGUAUCAUUGAGGGUUCAAUCGCAUCCCUUAUAUUCGAAAGAGACUUUAGUGUAUGGGUCAUAGGCUGGGACUCAAGGCUUCUUGCUUGUGUGUAUUCUGGAGUGAUUUGUUCCGGAAUGGCAUACUAUGUACAAGGGGUUGUAACCAGGGAACGUGGACCAGUGUUUGUGACAUCUUUCAGCCCUCUAUGUAUGAUUAUCACCGCUGCAUUGGGUUCCCUUGUCUUAGCUGAGCAAGUUCAUCUUGGAAGCAUAUUUGGGGCUAUUCUGAUUGUGUGCGGACUUUACACUGUGGUGUGGGGCAAAAGCAAAGACCGUAAGAACACAACAGAUAUAGGGAAAGAAACAAGGCAAGAAUUGCCAAUAAAGGACGGUACAAAACCAGCGUCAGACAUUUUUGAAGGCCUUGAGAUCGAUGUUCCUGUUGAGGUGUUGAAGAAAGGUGUCCCACCAACAACAACAUCAUCAUCAUGA